AUGCCACCAAUCCAACGACCAAUAUCACGCAUCCUGAUUGUGAACCGGGGAGAAAUAGCAAUUCGCAUCCUGCAAUCAUGUCAAGAGCUGCCAAAUCCGUUGACAACGGUUGCCGUCUACACCGAAAAUGACAACACGCAUAUCAGUUUGGGUCGGCCGGAUCAAGCCAUCAAACUCCCUUCACCAUCCUCGUACAUGGACAUCGAUUACCUCGUUGGCCUUGUCAAAGAGCACAAGAUCGACGCUGUGCAUCCGGGCUAUGGGUUUCUCAGCGAGAGCGCCGAAUUCAGUCACAGAAUGUGGACCGAAGCAAAUUGCUUGGUUGUAGGACCUGGGUGGGAAGUACUCGAGAGGACGGGGGAUAAGUUGAAAGCCAAGGCACUGGCGAUGGAGUGUGAGGUUCCAGUCUUGAAGGCCAUGAACAAGCCGACCGGGAAUGUUCAUGAUGUUCGCACAUUCGCCGGCCAAGUGAGUUAUCCACUGAUGAUUAAAGCUGUGGAUGGGGGUGGUGGUCGAGGCAUACGGCUUGUGAAAAGCCAAGAUAGCCUAGACAAUGCCGUGCAGAGAUGCAUCUCCGAAUCGCCGAGUAAGACUGUCUUCGCAGAACAAGCCGCUGUAGAUGGCUACAAGCACAUCGAAGUCCAGAUUCUCGGAAAUGGCAAGGGGGGUGUCAGGCAUCUCUGGGAACGAGAUUGCAGUGUUCAACGUCGCUUCCAGAAGAUCGUUGAGGUCGCCCCUGCACCAGUACGACGACGGAACGUUAUUGCAAAAGUCAUAGACUCUGCCAUUCGGAUGGCUCGGCAAUUGAAAUAUCUCGGCCUUGGGACGUGGGAAUACCUGGUCAAUGUCAAGACCAGGAAGUUCUUCUUUCUGGAGAUCAACCCCAGGUUACAAGUCGAGCACACAAUCACCGAAUCCAUUACAGGUGUGGACAUUGUGAAAGAGCAGUUGUUGUUUGCACAAGGCCUGCAGGAUUCCGAGGACCUGCGACUGGGUGAAUGGUGGGAGGCUGAUAAAGCACCUCCAUCCUUUUCCAUUCAAUUGAGGCUCUGUGCCGAAGAUCCUGCUUCCAAUUUUGCACUCAGCAUUGGGAAGGUCUCGGACGUUCACUUCCCCUCUGGUAAUGGCAUCCGAGUUGACAGCCAUCUCUCGAAGGGAGGAGUUGUUGGGACUGACUUCGACAAUAUGAUGGCCAAGAUCAUCGUGACUGCUUCUACUUUCGAGGGUGCAGUUGCAAAAGCGAAGCGAGCACUUUCAGAGACGAAGAUUGUCGGCGUCAAGACAAAUCUCAACCUCCUUCGAGCUAUCGUAAGGGGCAAAGCUUUUGCGUUGGGUGAAGCAGCCACCACAUGGCUGGAGAACGAUAUCGAAAAACUUGUUUCUGAUGGAGAGCUUAUCGGUCAAACUAUUGAACAGGUUGACUCCACACUACCAGCGUUAUCAUUAGACAACAAUCAGUCUUCAACAAUUGCUAGCUCGGGAACAACCUUCAGAAAAGGAGAUGCGUGGACAGUGACCUUAGAAGCCAAGGACUCACAGUCAGAAACUAAACCUCCACCGUCCCAUUUUAGCAUCGAAAGGAUAAUGAGAAACGAAUUUCCCGAGGCAUUGAUCGCAGACGUCUCGUACACCGCCUCCGGCACCCAACCACAGUCAUACAAGAUGACGAUCGCGAGCACCACGUCUUCUGCCGAUGCCACAGCUUCGACGCACCGGCGCGGCGAUCCGAACGACAAGAGUCACGUUGUCUUACCCAUCAGCGGCAAAUUGGUAGAAAUUCUUGUGGAUGAGGGCGAUGAGAUACAGGAGAAUCAGGUGAUUGCAUUUGUCAAACAGAUGAAGAUGGAACUGGAGAUUCGUAGUCCCAGGGCUGGUACGAUUAAAUGGGCCAUCGAAUUGGACAGCGAGGAUGGCGAUGACGUCGCAGAGGGAGUUUUGCUAGCAGAGCUGGAAGAGCAGACAACAGGCAAGAAGCCUGAGGUUAGAUCGAGACUAUAG